UAACGCAAAAGUAAUAUUUUGAGAGCGAAUUAGUUAAUAUUUCGUAUAAUAAGUGUUUACUGAUAUAAAAAUAUUCCUCAUUUUUUAUUUCUUUUCACAGUUAACUGUGAAACGAAUGUUUUUUUUAGUUUCGCUCUUGCGGUAAAUUUGAAAGACAAUACGCUUAAAAGAAAUCGAAGCCUUAUUAGAAAAACUCAAUGCCUCUCAAAUUUUGUCAAGAAACUGAUUUAUGUAUCAUGCUUUUUUUUUUUCUUAUUUUAUAUGAAUGAAAGCUAUGAAGUACUGAUAAGGUAAUCCUUAAUCCAGGUAUUUGGAGUAUUGUCGAAAUUUCCAGAAUUAUGAACCGGAUAAUAAUUAUUUUUAAAUGUUUCAAAAAAAUACUGUUUUCAGCUUAAAAAAUUAUAUCCUGUGAUAUAAUUAAGAUUUUCCAUGAGCAUUAUUCACUUGAAAAAUCAGAUGUCGUCUGCAUCUGUUUUGAAAUAUUUUUGGAUUCGAAUAUCGAGCAGACGAAAUUCGAAUGUGAAAAAGUUUUAUUUUGGGAAUCGAGCUUCCGUUGCACUUUUUGGCUGGUAUCAGAGAAAAUAUAUACAACAUGGUGCUGUUUUUUACCCAUUUUCUAUUGGGAGAAAAAAGUGAAUUGGCUAAAGUGUGGUUAGCUGCUCAUUGGGAAAAGAAAAUUAAGAAAUCACAGAUUUUUGAAAUAAAUAUUGAGCAUAGUAUACAGAGUAUUUUGUCUAAUGAAAUUGUGUUAGAUUUGCGUUUAUCUGGGCAUCUUCUUGUGGGUAUUGUAAGAAUUCAUUCACGCAAGGCAAAAUAUCUAUUAUCAGAAUGUAGUGAUGUUUUCUUCAGAGUCAGAACCUACCAAUACCCCUUGAUUGAUCUCCCAGAAAGUAAGAGAGAAGCAUCUGUAAAAGCUAUUACUCUUCCUGAAUUAUUUGGAAAUGUUGAUUAUGACUUCAGCAAGAUGGAUGAAUUAUUAUCUUUAAAUCAAUGCCACACUGAAGAGAUUACUUUGAAGGAAACACAGAACAUGCAUACACUAGAUGAUGAUUUGAACUUUGACUUCCGAGAUGAAGAUCAACCUAUAAAUUUAGAAGAUAUAGAAUACUUUUCACAUUUGAAUGAUGACCAAAAUCCAGAACAUGCUGAUAAGUGCAAUAAUCUGAUGCAUUCUUCAGUUAUUGAAAAGGGAGAAAAUAUAUGUGAAAAUGAGUGUACCAGUAGUUUUGAUAGUGAGAUUAAUAUGAAUCAUUUUGAAAAAAAGCAGAACUCUGGUAGCAUGGCUUUGAUUAUUGACACAAUCAAAAAUCCAUCCCAUUCUUUGCAAGAGAAGAAAUUGAAAUUAAAUCUUGAACCACUUAAAGUUACUAUUAGCAAAAUUCAGGCCGAUCAAAAGAGAAAAUCAAAACGGAAGUUAAUUGUGGAUCAAGUGAAAACCUUACCUCAUGAACAAUUUCUGCAGCAAUUGUAUGAUACUUCUGAUAUCAUUACUACAUUAAAUUUAGGCCCUCCAUCUAAAAUCUUCAUGAAACUCAAAGCUAUUGGUAGUGCUGAUCAAUUACUUUGCCUUCCUGGCCAAGGCAUAGGAAGUUCCAAAAUUAAAUAUCUUUUUCAAAGACAUUUGAAAACCCAAAGAGAAGAUGAAAAGUGUCACAGUUCAGAAGAUGAAGAGGCUUGUAACGAAUCAAAUGAACAAUUACAACUAACUUCAAAUAAAAAACUGCCUGCAAAAGUAGAUAAUGUAAUCAGAAGAUCUUCACAGUCACACAGUGUGCCUAUAAUUUUCAGCAGCAAGAAUAGGAAAUCAUCAGUAUUAUGCAGUGGGCUUCUGGAUGAGGACAAUACUUCCGAACUUGUUGACAUGGAUUAUGGAGAUAAUGGAAAAGAUUUGGAAGAGCUGAUGGAUACUAAGAUUUUUCAUCUUUUAAAUGAUUCUCAUUUUCCAGUAGAAGCUGCUGAAACUCAGGAAAGAUUACAGGAUUUUUCAGAUGAUUUUGAGUUAAAUACACCAAGGUCAGAGACUGAAGAUGAUAAAUGGGAGAUUAUUCUUCAGGGCAGAAUGAUAAUUACAUUAAGAGAAUUAUAUAAGAUGUUUGAGACAAGUUCCAAGUUAUAUUUUUCUCAUUUAGUACAACAUAAGAAAAGAACAAUGGUUUAUAAAAUACAGCUGAUAAUUGAAGGGGUAUCAGGUUUAUAAAGUACAAGCUGAUAAUACAUGAUAAGGGGAAAGAAAUUCCUAAAUUACAAAAUUGAAUAUUAUAUUUUAGUAAA